UCCUCUUACUCCUCUCCCCCAAUAUUCUAGGGGGAACAUAAAUUUGUAUCCUGAGAUUUGGGGUUUCUAUUAUUACAAUGUAACUUUAUGCUUCUUGUCCGAAAAAAGUGAUCUAUUCUGAGUUCGAAUUAAUCAUAUAUUCAAAAUGGUGUCAUUAGAUUGUCUAAUUGGUUUGUAGCAUCCAUAAUGGCCAUCCCUAUGGCUAGUUAGUUAAGAUGAAUCUAUUGGUGUUUGAGGGGGACCAUUAGCUAAUGAGGGGGACCGUGAUUGGGACUGAAACCUAACUCAUUGUCAACUACUCUUUAUUACUUGAGUCUCUAUUGUUUGUUGCAGAUUUGAUUCAUUCUUGGCUCUGCCGUUUUCUUUUGACAUCCUUUGUAGAGGCUUCUCAGCUUUGUGUUUAGUUAGGAACCUUCUUGAAAGUAUUGGCUUUAGUAUUCCGUUUACAUUGUGUUUCUUGAUUUUCUUGUCAUUCAGAUUUUAUCACUUGUGGGUCCUGUUUUAUUAAAUGCCAACUUAGUUUUUUUCUUUUGUGUGAUGGAGAGAGCAGAGGAGGGAGCUUAGAAAAGUCGUAAACUUUCUCUUGUCCUUUUUGCUGGUCUGGGUGAAACAUAGAAAGUUCUUCUCUUGCUGAAGAAACUAAUGGUCAUAAAGAGUUUUUGAGAGUGAAAAACGUUGAUGAGCUGUGUCUGGUUCUUGAAAUUCACAUGUUUUUCUUUUUUCUUUUUAUUUCUUGUGGUAUUGAUAGUUGAAGGGCAUCCUCUAUAAAGGUAGCUGAGAGAUUCAGCUUUCUCUAAUUUCUUUUUUCUCUUUCAUUUACUAUCUCUAGUUUCUGCAACCUUGUGGCUUUGGUGUUUAGAAGGUCUAUGAAAUCAACCCACAUCUUGAAUGGACUGCAACAUGGUAUCUCCGUUGUGGGACUGGGAGCAUUUGAUCACCCCCAACCUGUCAAAGACUGAAACUGACAAGAAACAGCCGUCUACUACUGAUUGGGAUAUUGAGAAAGGUGAAGGGAUUGAAUCUAUAUUCCCCUCUUUCACUGGCUCCUCCACCACCGGUUUCCUAAGCUCACAGUUGACCUCCACCAACUCAUCAUCUCCCAAACUCAAAAGUUCCCUUGGAGAUUUUGACCAAGUCAAGGCAUCCACAGCUCUCCAGGUUGCCUCUACUGAAUCGGACCUUUGUUUAAAACUUGGAAAGCGGAGUUACUCUGAUGAAGAGACUUGGGGUAGAAACAACAAUAAUGACAUUUCAGCCGUUUCUGUGAAGCUCUUGACUCCUCCAUAUGUUGUUGCUCAGAAGAAAUCCAAAUCAUCAUGUGGUCAGAGCAUGCAAAUCCCUCGUUGUCAGAUUGAUGGCUGUGAACUGGAUCUCUCAUCUGCUAAGGAUUAUCAUCGCAAGCAUAGAGUCUGCCAAAGCCAUUCAAAGUGCCCUGUAGUUACUGUGGGUGGCAUGGAACGUCGAUUCUGCCAACAGUGUAGCAGGUUGCAUGCCGUCUCUGAAUUUGAUGAGAAGAAACGUAGCUGCCGUAAACGUCUUUCGCAUCAUAAUGCGAGGCGCCGCAAGCCACAAGGAAUGUUUCCUUUGAAUCCAGAGAGGGUGCACAAUGGAAGACAGCAUACGAAUAUGUUGUGGAAUGAGUUGUCCCUUAACACAAGAUCUGAAGAAAAGUAUGCAGCAUGGGGUACUACUUAUGAGACAAAGCCUACGCAGAUGGAAAGCGGCUUUACUCUGAACUUCCAGAGAGGUAGUGGCGCUGAGGAGCAGCAGGUGUUUGCUAGUAGCAACCUCUCUUUCUCUGACUCUGCGUAUCAAACCUCAGCAGGGAAGUCCAACUUUCAACUUCCUAGCAAAGGAGAAUACUCAGGAGGCCUCUAUGAAACGCAAGAUUUCUACAGUGCUCUCUCUCUUCUGUCAACGUCUUCGGAUUCACAUGGAACCAAACACCAUCCCAUGGUUGAAUCACAGUCAAUACAUGGCACUUUCCCUACCCAUUUUAUAUGAAUUGAGUAGUGAAUGCAAAGUCACUCCAUUACAAGUCAGGUUGCAUCUGGUGGGAGUUUCUUUUUAAAUAAAAUUAUAAAUCAUCUAACUUUCAUUGUUCAAGCUAAACCGAGUACGCGGAUAGCUCUGGUUGUCUCCACUUUUCAAAACCUAUUAAGUCAACUCCUUGUAUCAUGUUGUAUUGGAUGUCUUGGAUUCUGCUGUAUGGCAAACUUCGUUACUCUCUCAGACAUGUCUAGUGUGUCAUAAACGUAUAUCAACUGUUUUCAUUAAA